AUGAGGUUUGCCCUCCUAGCCCUUUUGGGUGUGGCCCUCGCGGUCCACCACUCAGUUGACCUCCCCCUGAAGCCUCGCAAGGAGUACAUCUUCCGCUUCGAAGGAGAUGUCCACUCUGGAAUCCCGCUCCCAACCGAUACCACCAUCUCUCGCAUCCAUGCUAUGGUCCACGUCCAGAUCCCUGACGAUCAUCACGCCAUUCUCAAGCUGAGAGACGUACGCUUCGCCAAUGGAGAAGACGACCGCCGGGAGCUCUUCAAGCCAAUCGACGAGCUGAAGAUGCACACCAUCUCGAAGGAGCACCUCGAGCUUCUGGAGUUGCCAGUCCGCUUCGUCUACAAGAACGGCAUGGUUUCGGACCUGAUCUUUGCCGACAAGGAGGAAGACCUGCUCAACCUGCACAAGAUGGGACGCAUUGAUGAGCACAAGAUGGACAGAUACGAAGAGGAGCGUGACAACGACUUCUUCACCGUCACCGAGAGAACUAUCGAGGGAGACUGCGAAGUCGCUUACACCGUUCUCAAGAAGAAGGAUUUCAUCACUGAGGAGAAGGAUAUUCUUGAGCCAAGCACUGUCUACAACUACCUGCUCGAGAAGGACGGUCUCAAGAAGGUCGAGGUCCGCUCUAUGUACACGGUCACCAUCGAGAACCAGCCAGUCAUGAAGACCGAGAUCCGCACCAGACUCACUCUGGAGGACAUCAAGGAAAUCCGCCGUGAGUUCGAAUGGAUCGAUGGAAAGAAGGAGACUCUGAUCUAUUCCGACGAAAUCGAGAAGCAGGUUGAGCGCUUCUACAUGUACGGAGACGACGUCAAGGUUCUGCCAUACGAGAAGGUUGAGGACAAGAUCGAGGUUAUCCGCAAGAUCAUGGAUGAGAUUAAGGAGCUGAAGGUGAACAAGCAUGAGACUACUCACCUCCUUUCCCGCCUUGUUUCCGUUCUCCGCAUGCUCACCAGGGAAGAGCUGAAGACUGUUCAUACUGAGAUCUACAUGAACGUUGACGAGCGCCUGAAGAGCAUGCUUGAGCAAACGCUGGCUAUUGCUGGAACAAAGAACACCAUCACUCACCUCCUUCACCACAUGGAAAUGAAGCACUUCAAGACCUACAGAAUUGUCCAUCUCCUCAAGUCCAUCCAGGAAACUCCAUACCCAUCACCGAAGAUCGUCGAUGAACUCAUCCGCUUCGCCGAGAACGAGGUCGUCGAGCGCUCGCCUGUCAUCCGCCAGUCGAUUUGGCUCACCAUCGGAUCUGUCAUGUAUGGCGUUGUUGGAAAGAACAUGGAAAGGACCCUCCUCAAGGAAGACGUUCGUGAGCUCAAGCACAGAUACCUCAAUAUCAUGAUGAAGGAGUACGAGAAGGCUGACACCAUCUACGAGAAGGUGCUUGUCCUGAAGUCCCUUGCCAACGCUGGAAUUGACCUCUCCGUCUAUGAGCUCGAGAAGAUCAUCCUGAACAAGCGUGAGGAACUUCUCGUCCGCAUGGAAGCCAUCGACGCUCUGCGCCUCCUCAAGGACACGAUGCCACGCAAGAUUCAGACCAUCCUCAUGCCAGUCUACAACAGCCGCGUCGAAGAGCCAGAGCUCAGAAUGGCCGCUCUUGUCCGCAUCAUGCACACCCUUCCUCGCCAAUCCAUCAUCGCUCAGAUCAUCUCCACUAUGGAGCGUGACCCCAACCAUCAGGUUACUAGCUUCACCUAUGAUCUGCUCCACUCUUUCACCAAGCCCACUCACCGCUACUACAAGAAGUUGGCCUCUGAGAUCCUCCCGCUUCUGAAGAUGACUCGCUACCAGCGCGGAGAACGCGUCCUCACCAGCACCUACAAGAACUUGCCAAUGUUCAAGGAGGAACUGAUGACCGGCGUCAACUUCGACUUUGCCACCAUUUUCGGAAAGAACAGCGCCUGGCCCAAAGAGCUGAUGUUCGGAAUCAGUCAGCAGAACAUCGAGAAGAUCUUGAACAAGUUGACCCAGAAGUUGAUGAAGAUGGAAGAAGACCUCGAACACUGUGGUGCGCGGACGCCGCAUUCGCGAAGACACUUGACCCUUCUGAAGGACAUCGCCAAGAAGCUCAACAUCCGCCCACGUGUCAUCGACGACAGAACUCCAUUCGUCAUGCUCUACCUCCGCUACAAGGAGAUGGACUACGCUGUUCUCCCAAUCGACGAGAAGAUCAUUGACGAACUGCUCGAGAAGUUCAUCCGUGAGGGAAGACUUGAGAAGAGAGAAAUCGAGCGCUUCCUUAGCCGUGAGCCUGAGUUCAACCUCCACACCUUCACCUUCUUCUAUGAGACUAUCAGGAAGCUGCCCACUACUCUCGGUCUGCCUCUGAUCCUGAAGAACAAGCUGCCCACUGUCAUGUCUGCUGAAGGAGAGUUCACCAUCGAAAUGGUGCCUACUGGAGUCCGCGUUCGUCUGAACACCGUGCCAUCUGUUGUCAACACCCAUGUUGCAGAGAUGAGACUGUGGAACCCGCUCUUCGAACAGGGAGUGAAACUCGUCCGCUCCAUUGAGGCCCGCCUCCCGAUCGACGUUGAAAUGGAAAUGAACUACAAGAACGGACUCGAAAUUAGGAAGACCUUCAACAUGCCAACUGAGGAGAAGACUCUGGUUCACUACACCUCGAGACCAAUGACCUUCUUCCGCUUCUACAGUGGCGAGAGGAAGUUCAAGACUGAGGUUGAGCUGAAGACCAUUGUUAUGCCGAAAUGGAAGUUCCUCAACACUGAGAAGGAGUGGAUGUUCAACAUCUGGGGAAUGAAGACUGUCCUUCGCGGAAACUGGCUCCACAAAUGGAACAUGCGUGACCUCCUCCUCGGCGAAUACGACUGGGAAUUCGUCCUGAUUCCCACUCGUGAGGCACCAAAGAGAAUUCGUUUCCUCCUGAACAGCGGCAGACUCGAGAACGUUCGCCUUGACAAGAUCGACUUCACCCACCUCUUCGAGAAGGAGUUCGAGGUUGAGACCAACGAGUAUGAGAAAUUCGAGGAGAGAGAGCGCCGUGAGUACUUCCACAGAAAUGUUCGCGACAUCGAGAGGAAGGAUGGCUACAGACACCGCCUGCUCAUGAAGGUCGAAACCGUUGACUCACCGGUGCACCACUACGGAAAUGUCGAAAUCGUGACUGUUUGCGACGAGGAGCUCCGCUACUGCAAGAACACCGUGGAAGGCAAGCGCUCUCCCAUCGGUGAUGAACGCCAUGAAUGGAAGUUCAUGAUGCACAUGCAAUUCGUUCUGCCAAAGAUGCCAAAGGACUUGGUUGAGAUGAAAUGGGGAGCUGACGAGAAGAACGAACUCAAGAUGAAGAUCCAACUGGAGCAGAACAAGGAGCAGAAGAAAUGGCUGAAGCUGGUCGACAAGAAGCACGAGGGUCUUACCGCUUACGAUCUUCUCCUGAAGGCUGCACGCCUCAACCAGCUCAAAGUUGUCGUUGACCACGAACUCACCCCAUACAUGAAGAACAUCUUCGAGCACAUCUACAACUACAUCAAGGGAUACACCAUCUGGCACAACAAGAUCACCAGGCUCAACCGUGAGGAUGACAAGCUCUUCCUGAAGCUGCAUGUUGACCCUAUCACCCGCAACCUGAUCAACGUUAUGCUUGAGACUCCAUACGAGCGCAUGGAACUGGUUGACUACGUUGUUCCUCAGCUGUACCUUCCCACCAUUGCCAAGAGAACCCUGCGCGAUAUCCGAUAUGAGGUGAACGAGCCCGUCUGUGAGAAGCUGAAGAUCAUCAACGAGCGCGAGCAGGUCAUCGUUGUCGAAAUGGUUGACGACAGACUCAAGGUCACUGUUGACAACGAGAAGAUCAACAAGGAGGAACUGGAGAAGUACAACAUCGAGCUGAUUGAAGACGACAUGGUCCGCGUAAGACUGGAGGACCUUAUGGUUCAUUUCGAUGGCUACAACGUCAAGGUCUACAUGGGCAAACACAUGACUGAGAGACAAUGCGGCCUCUGCGGGACACUUCGACGAGGAGGUAUCUACCGUAGUUCAAGGAAGGACAACGACUUCUACACCCCGAAGAAGGAGUACACCGACGACAUCAUGGAAUUCCACAAGUCGUACCUCCUGGACGAUGAGUGCGAAGUCGAGAAGGACUACCUCCGUGAGAAGAAGCACUACAAGCUGGAGAAGCGUGAGGAGCGCGACGAGGAUGAGGAUCGCUGGCUCGACGACAUCUUCGAGGAUGACUACAGACGCAAGGACAAGGAACGCACCUACAGAUACAAGGACGAGGAGGAGAUUCUGGAGAAGACCCAUGUGAUGGAAUUCCCUCACCGUGUCUGCUUCUCCCUCGAACCAGUUCGCAAGUGCCGCAAGAACGAAGAAGAUGGAUGA